AUGAAAUGGUGGAACGAUUAUUGGUUAAAUGAAGGUUUCACGACAUUAUUUGAAUAUCAAGGUGUAGAUCAGUAUAUUCCGGAAUGGAGAAUGAUGGAACAAUUUAUUAUAGAUAAAACCCAACCUGCCCUAGCGUUAGAUGCACUAGCAUGUAGUCAUCCUAUUUCUGCAAAUGUGACCGAUCCGUCUGAAAUUGAUGCUAUUUUUGAUACUAUUUCUCUAAAUAAGGGUACUGCCGUUUUGUACAUGUUGGCAAAUUUUUUACACAAAGAAAAUUUAGAAAAUGGCCUUAACGACUAUCUUAUUUCCUAUAAAUACCAGAAUGCUGAAAUGAAGGAUCUUUGGAAUGUUUUAUCAAAAAACACCAACCAAACUUUGGAUGUAAAAGUGGUAAUGGACACGUGGACGAAUCAGAUGGGCUUUCCACUUGUAACUUUAAAGCGAGAGAAUAACACUAUUGUCGCCACACAAAAAAGAUUUUUGGUUACAGUCGAAAAAGGAAACAAUACACAUCAUGCACUGCCUCCUUCUGGUUAUGAUUAUAAAUGGCAUAUCCCUCUAACUUACUUCAGUAAUAAUGACAGCGAAGUUAAAUAUGUGUGGAUGAAUAUGACUGAAACAAAAUUUGAAGUUGGCGACAUAAAGUGGAUCAAAGCCAACGUAAACCAAACAGGCUUCUACAGGGUUAUGUACGACGACGAUAUUUGGGCAUCAUUAAUUAAGGUCUUGAAAACCAAUCACAAGGUUUUUAGUGCCGCCGACAGAGCCAGUUUAAUUGAUGAUGCAUUCUCUUUAUCCAGAGCUGGAGUUCUCAACGUAAGUGUAGCAUUAGAACUAUCCUUAUACUUAAAUAAUGAAAGGGAUUAUGCUCCUUGGGCAGCUGCUAUAGAACACUUGAAAUCUUGGGCUCGAAGAUUAUCUGAAUCUUUAGCAUACAAAUCUUUCCUGAAGUAUUUAAUAGAAACUCUGGAUACGAACCUAGUGAAACCCGAAGAUGUAAAACUGGUUCUAGAAGUAGUAGCCGCAAAUCCAGAAGGAAGACUAUUAGCAUGGAGACACCUAAAAGCCUAUUGGCCUACAAUGCACUCCCUAUACGGAAAUAGUACAAUGUUAAUGGGAAAUCUCAUAUCAGCUGUUACAGCACACUUGUCUACACCAUAUGAUUUUUACGAGGUAUCAACAUAUUUUAAUGGCAUGGACGUAGGAUCAGCUUCAAGGGCAUUAGAGCAGAGCUUAGAAAUAAUUCAGUUGAAUAUCAACUGGGUUUCGCAGAAUGAGGAAGAAGUGAACAAUUGGCUUCGUAAAAAUUUGAAAUAG